GUUAUCGGCGGGAGGGGAAGAGUCCACUUCCAAAAGCGUGCAUCUUCUGUCACCGCGGGAGGGAGAGAGAAUCGGAGAAUCAGUCCGCGAGUUCCGCUUGUACGCGCGUGUAAUAUAGUGGAGGUGCGCGGCGUAGGAUUCGCCAGAGAGCAGGUGCAGAUAUGUCUUUCCGCGUGGUGCGCACCAGCAAGUUCCGCCACGUGUACGGAACGUCCCUGAAGCGCGAGCAGUGCUACGACAACAUCAGGGUGUCCAAGUCGUCAUGGGACUCGACGUUCUGCGCCGUCAAUCCCAAGUUUCUCGCCAUCAUCGUGGAGUCGGCGGGCGGUGGUGCCUUCAUCGUCCUGCCGCACAAUAAGGUAGGACGAAUACCGGCGGACUAUCCUUUAGUAGGUGGACACAAGGGACCUGUACUGGACAUCGCGUGGUGUCCCCAUAAUGAUAAUGUCAUAGCUUCCGGCUCCGAGGAUUGUGUCGUCAAAGUAUGGCAAAUACCGGACGGUGGUAUCUCUAGGACAUUGACCGAAUCGAUAGUGGACCUGCAGCUGCAUCAACGCAGGGUCGGUCUAGUACUAUGGCAUCCCACUGCGUUAAACGUGUUGCUCACAGCUGGCUCGGACAAUCUUGUUAUCAUUUGGAACGUCGGCACGGGGGAGGCCCUGAUGCGCCUCGACUCCCAUCCAGACGUGGUCUAUUCCGCGUGCUGGAACUGGGACGGAUCCCGAUUAGUCACCACGUGCAAAGAUAAAAAGAUUAGAAUUCUGGAUCCGAGGUCGGGCGAGAUAUUAGAAGAAGCUAUAGCGCAUGAGGGAAGCAAGGCGACUCGUGCCAUCUUUCUCAGGGGUGGCCUGAUCUUUACGACGGGUUUUAGCAAGAUGUCGGAAAGGCAAUAUUCAUUACGAGCUCCCGACAUGUUGGGCGAGCCCAUAGUUAUGGUAGAACUAGAUACGAGCAACGGAGUUAUGUUCCCUCUGUAUGAUACCGAUACAAAUUUAGUAUACUUAUGCGGCAAGGGCGACUCUGUGAUCCGAUACUUCGAAAUUACGCCCGAACCGCCGUUCGUUCAUUACAUUAGUACCUUUCAAACUCCCGAUCCUCAACGAGGUAUAGGAAUGAUGCCAAAACGGGGCUGUGACGUUAAUAGCUGUGAAAUAACCAGAUUCUAUCGAUUAAAUAAUUCAGGGUUUUGUCAAGUAAUAUCAAUGACAGUGCCAAGAAAGUCUGAGCUCUUCCAAGAGGAUUUGUAUCCCGAUACUCCCGGUGACACUGCCGCGAUCUCGGCGGAGGAGUGGCAAGCCGGUACUGACGCGGAGCCUGUGUUAAUAUCCCUCAGGGACGGUUAUCAGCCUUCCGCCUCCAAGAAUGAACUUAAAGUACAAAAGAAAUCCAAUAUAUUGAGUAAAGGCGCCAAGGUUGCGUCUAACGCCGCGCAAAACGCCACGGAGGUUUCGUCAGGGGUUUUCGAGGAAUUGUUGAAGGAAUGCAGAGAAGAGAUAAGAAAAUUGAAGGCAGUGAUCGUGAAGCACGAGGGUAGGAUACGAGUGCUGGAGUCGGCAGUCGCUCUUCAAAUGAAGGAGGAGGAGAGGAAAGAAAGGAAAGAGAAGUCGGCUUCUCCCGACGGCAAGGAAACACUGGCUUCCGACGAAGUGUAAAGACUCCGGGCUUCGUUCUCGACUAUGAAACCUCCGGCGUGACGUUGUUGUACUUCUAACGAGAAUAUUUUUCACUAGAAUCACUAAUAUAUCGUUUAAUAAGAAUGAUCGUAUAUUUUGAUAUAACAAAACUUGUGUAAAUAGUAGGUUUUAGCGACGCCAUGUGUCCCUGACUCUCUGCAAUGAUCUUUGCUAUUUAUUGUACAUCCAUUCAUCGUACAUUCUCUGCAUUUGUAUUAUGUUUACAUGUUUUACUAUUAUAUAUAUAUAUAUAUUAUAUAUUUUACAGGCGUUAUAGCCAUACAUGACAAUGUAUGUCCCUAGAGUUAAGUUUUCGAUCGAUAUAACACACCCAGCGUACGAAACCUUUACGUAUAUGAACCUUUGUGCGAAUGACGAUUCGUAACAUACGCGAGUGCCUAACUUGUACAGAUAUUUGCUGUUAAAUAACAAAGAGUAUUAUUUUGUUUCAA